AAGCACUCCCACAGCUCCCACUACCAACAAAGAAAUAAAUCCUACUUCACCCUCAGACAACAAAUCUUUCUGUCUCUCAGCAAUUUCCGUCCCAUUUUUUUGUUAGUCUAUUUUGAUGUUCAUAUCCAGAACGUAUUUUGAUAAUUAAUACCCGUCAAGGACAAGUUAAGAACAUUUGUUAAUACUAAAAAUUUUUUUAAUAAUUAUUAAUUAUCAAAACACGUCAUUGUCCGUCACGGAGACGUGCCUUCAUUCUCCCAAAGCGAUUCGAUACUCCUAUUUCUGCAAAAGACCAGUGUUUCCGUAAACGGUAAAGCUCUCUCAGGCCUCUCUAAUGGCGGCCAGAGCAAUCUCUCUCCGACUCAGACUAACCAGACUCAGACCCAUAACAAACCCUAGCCUCCUCCGCCACUUCUCAUCGGAUUCCACCAGCGUCCGUGGCCAAGACAACCCAAGGAGCGAGGACUCCACCGUCGAAGCGAGCAACAAAGGCAACUCGUUCGCAGAGAUUGGCAAGGGCUUACGUCAGCUCAACUCCGACCACCGUGCUCAGAAAAAGGAGAACGAGUCGGAAGAACAUCAAGAGACCGAGCUUACUCCUCAAGAAAGAUUUGUUCCUGGAUCAUUUGUAUUCCCACCAAGACGCAGAACCACAUUCAUAGACCACGCCAAGCAACUGAAGAAAAAAAGGUCAUGGCCAGAGUUGGUGGGGCUGCUUGUUCAUGAAGCAGCAUGGAAAAUACAGGAAGAGAUGCCUGAAGCUCAGAUUGAGGUAGUUCCACCAAAGUUCGGUUACACCUUGGAGUUUAGAUAUAACAGGGUACGAUUGCACAUUGACUACUCCGGAAAAGUAAGAUUUGCUCCAGAAGAAGGCUAACUAAUAGUAAUAGUAUUGUUGAGUCUACUCUCUCUUCGUACUGUUUGACUCUCUUCUGGUAUGUUUGAAUGUUGUGGACUUGGAGUUGAAGGAUCUGUACUAUCUGUGUUGCCACAGAUAACUUGGGGGGUUAAAAUCUGCAGAAAA